UGGGUCGAUGCUCUGUAUACUGCUACUUAUAUUGUCAAUCGUCUACCUACCCCCAUACUUAAUAAUUUAACUCCUUUUGAAAAACUCUUUAAUAAAUCUCUUGGUUUUUCUUUUCUUCGUGUUUUUUGAUGUAUGUGUUUUCCUAACUUUAUUGCCAAGUCUUCUAAUAAGCUCUCACCUCGCUCUAUUCAUUGUGUUUUUUUUUUUGAUAUGCUCCGGGUUAUAAGGGUUAUCAAUGCCUUGAACCUAUCUCGGGUAGGGUAUAUGUCGGUAGAGAUGUUCAAUUUGUUGAAACUGAUUUUCCCUAUCCUAGACUUGUUAAGACCAAAUCCAUCUCCUCUGCUUCUGCUCCUAAUACACUGUCUCCUUGUCCACUUAAUUUUUCCUUUCCUAGUAUUUCACCCACGCCCAGUCGCCCAGACCAUCUCUACUGUCACCUACCCAACUACUCCUCGCAGAACCCAUAGCAGCACCUUUAUCUCCUAAUUCUCCACACUCAAGUCCUAUGACCUCGACCCAGCUCCUGCCACAUGAACCCAGUACCCCAUUAUCUCCUAUAGGCAACUCUUUACCCAAGAGUCCAUCAACCAGUACAUAUACGCCCAACCAACCCCACUUAUCUGAAUCCAGCCCAAUAACUAGUCCUGCUACCCGCACCACCAGCUUGUCUACUACUCCUGAUUCGACUCCAUAAUCUCAUUCUUCCAUCAGCCCAGCAACCACUUCCUUGCCCACUCCCACACAGAUGCCUCUAGUUAACCAACACCCAAUGCGCGCUAGAGCCAAAGAUGGUAUUUUAAGCCUAAGGCAAUCUUUAAUUUAAGUGCUUUUUCACCCCGAAUGAUCCUACUUGCUAUUCUGAAGCUCAAAAACAUUUUAUUUGGCGGGCUGCCAUGGCGGAUGAAUUUAAUGCGCUACUUUCAAAUCAAACUUGGGACUUGGUACCUUGGGAUGGCUUGAAAAAUGUGGUUGGUUGUAAGUGGGUUUAUAAGACUAAAUAUAAUUCUGAUGGGACUGUUGAGCGUCAUAAGGCGCGUUUGGUUGCUCAAGGGUUUAAACAACAGGCUGGUGUUGACUUUGCAGAAACAUUUAGUCUUGUGGUUAAACCUACCACUGUGCGUCUUGUUCUGUCUAUUGCUGUGUCUCUUGGCUGGUGUAUUCGUCAAUUAGAUGUUAAAAAUGCUUUUCUCCAUGGUCAUCUCACAGAAGAAGUAUAUAUGCGUCAGCCUCCUGGUUUUGUUCAUCCCACUUUUCCUCAUCAUGUGUGUCGCCUCAAAAAGGCGUUGUAUGGUCUUAAACAGGCUCCAAGAGCCUGGUUUCACAGGUUCAGUGGUUUCCUCCUAUCUCAUGGCUUUUCACAGAUUAAGUCUGAUUCUUCUAUGUUUGUUUUUCGUCAGCACUCUCAGGUUGUUUACAUUCUUCUUUAUGUGGAUGAUAUUUUAGUCACUGGCUCGUCACUACCUCGUGUUCGUUCUAUCAUUCAGUCUCUGUCCACUCAGUUUGCCAUGAAAGACCUGGGUGAUAUUCAUUUUUUUCUGGGUUUUCAAACCAGGCGUACAUCCCAGGGUCUUUUUAUAUCUCAGAGAAAUAUAUUUCAGAUUUAUUACGUCGAUUUCAUCUUCAUACGGUUAAGCCAGUCCGUACACCGCUUCCGUCGCGUACUACUCUUUCUCUCACAGAUGGUGAACUUCUUGUUGAUGCUACUGAGUACCGCAGUAUGGUAGGUGCAUUACAAUAUUUGAUUUUAACUAGACCUGAUAUUACUUAUGCUGUACAUUUGGUUUCUCAGUUCAUGCAUGCACCACGUACUACUCACCUUUUGGCUGUGAAGCGCAUUUACAGAUAUUUGCAGGGUACUACACAUCAUGAUUUGUGGCUACAAGCUAAUCGUGACAUCUCUCUCCUUGAGGCCUACUCAGAUGCUGAUUGAGCAGGAUGUCCAGACAGUUGUCGUUCUACUACUAGUUAUGCUAAUUUCCUGGGUCCCAAUCUUAUAUCAUGGCAUUCUAAGAAGCAGCCCACCGUUUCUAAAUCUUCCACUGAAGCUGAGUAUCGUGCCAUAGCCUACACCGUUCAGGACACUCUCUUCAUUUGCUCCCUUCUGUUCGAGAUGGGUAUUCGGCUCUCCACACCGGUUCAGCUCCAUUGUGAUAAUGUGUCUGCUUCUUAUCUGGUUGUGAAUCACGUUCAACAUGAUCGUAGUAAGCACAUCAAGAUUGAUUACCACUUUGUCAGAGAAAGAGUUGCUCAUGGAUACCUGGUGGUCAAAUAUGUUCCGACUCAUCUACAAUUAGCUGAUAUUUUUACUAAGAACUUAUCUAGUCAGCGUUUUGAGUUUUUACGUUCCAAUCUGCGUGUUGUUUCCUCUGCACAGAUUGAGGGGGUGUAAUAGUCUAUAAUAUUGGGACAUCUUUGUAAUUCUUCUAUUUUAUCUUUUUAUUAUAUGUAGACCACCUGGACAUCCUAAUAGGGUGAGCCAUUAUUCCAUCUUAUAAUUUCAUAGUUAAUAUGCAGUUGGAAGAGAAGGAUGUUAAUUUGCAUUGCCUUUGAUUACAUAUGUGCAAGUGGAGUCGGCCUUGCUUUGUUAAUUUGAUAUCACUAAUGAGGUAUUAGUUUUGUCUA